CUGACUCCAGCGGCGCGCUUGGCCCUACGUCAUCAGCGCGCGCCAGCUCCGCGGGAACUUUAGCGGGUGGUGGGCGCAGGUGGCUCGUGACCCUGGGACUUCACCACGGCGCGCGGCCAAGACACGGAUGUUUAAACGGGAAGCUUCAACACUUUUUAAAAACAACCUUCAGAAUGGCUUUGAACCAGACAAGCUAGAGGUUGCUUUAGAGCACUGCCCUCAGCAUGCAUCUCCUCUGUCAGCCUUCCUGGGCGAGAAACUCUCUGAAGGGGUUGUUCUGCAGAGGGCAGAGAGCUGAUGGAUUUGAAUCCGAUUGGUGGAUUUGACUUUUCUGGUAGAAUUCUCUUGCUUUAUUAUAUUCCUUCCCAGAGUUCUGAGAGGCGUGGAGGUAUUAAUGGGACUGAAGGGCCUACAAGGAAGGGAAGCAGUAUUUUCAUGCUGAGUGAAAACUAAACAGGUGACCGUUGUGACUGGAAAUACUUAAAGCUUCCCACGUCUGGAUUUGCUGGAUUGGGGACACAGGAACUGUCACUACUGGGGAGAAAGAAGCUAGACUGGACAAGAAAACCCAGAUAAAGAGAAUGAAGGCCACCGGAGAAUAAAUGGCCACCUCCACUUUACCAGAGACAAAGUCAGCCUCCUGGUGGAAUUAUUUUUUCCUUUAUGAUGGUUCCAAGGUGAAGGGAGAAGGAGAUCCAACCAGAGCCGGCAUCUGUUACUUUUAUCCCUCUCAGACCCUGCUUGACCAACAGGAGUUGCUCUGUGGACAGAUUGCCGGGGCUGUCCACUGUAUUUCUGACAUUUCUGGCUCUCCUCCUGCCCUCAUCCGUCUGAGGAAACUUAAGUUUGCUAUAAAAGUGGACGGCGAUUUCCUUUGGGCACUGGGCUGUGCUGUGGAGCUCCCUGAUGUCAGCUGCAAGCAGCUUCUGGACCAGCUCAUUGGCUUAUUUCAUUUUUACAAUGGACCUGUUUCUCUGGCAUACGAGAGCUGCUCUCGGGAAGCACUGAGCGUGGAGUGGGACACCUUCAUCGACCAGAUCCUGAGGGACACGGGUGACCUGCACAAGAUAUUCAACUCCCUCUGGAACCUGGACCGAACCAAAGUGGAGCCCCUGCUGUUGCUGAAGGCGGCCCUCAUUCUACAGACCUGCCAGCGCUCCCCUCACAUUCUAGCUGGCUGCAUCCUCUAUAAGGGACUGAUCGUCAAUACCCAGCUCCCGCCCUCCGUCACGGCCAAGGUCCUGCUUCAUCGAGCUGCACAUCAGGACCAGAGAAUACCUCCAGGAGGGGAUGCCCUGCAGGAACACAGAGUGGCACUCCCUCCAAAUGUCCAGAUUGUGCGUGUUUUCCUGACCGAAGAAGAAGCCGACAGUCUCCAUGAGUUCCCCCGGGAGCCUGUGACCAGUGCCCCAGCAUCAUCAGCCAGACUCCAGGAGCCUUCAGCCCAGCGCCCUCCAAAGAAGGGUUUGAGCACAGCUGUCCUGGAAGAAAAUGCCCCUGAGCACGUGGAAUCCACCAUCUGGACCUCCACGACCGCCCCUGAGCCCACGUCUCCUGACACUGCUUGGUCAAAUGGCAACUUGGAGAAUGGACACUGGUCUGGCCAUGAUCUGGAGAGCAUCAAGCCUGUAAAACUGCCCCACACCACCUGGAGCAAGGGGCCUGGGCUCAGCUGCACCCUGGGGAAGGAACCUGGUUUGUUCAGGGCAGGAGAGGAGCUAGACUUGUCUGAAAUCCAUAUUCCAGAAGCUCAGGAAAUGGGAGCAUCCUCAGGUUAUUUUGCUUCAUCACCUGUAUGUGCCCCAGAUAGGGGGGCUCCUGGCUGCAGGGACUCUGUCGGUGACACUGGCAACCCUGAACCCAAGCUACCUGAGGCCCUGCCUGGGGGCACAGCCAUCAGCAGCCUUCUCCACACCUCUGCUCUUGAGAUGCUCCCCCAGAAUGGAGCCCUGGAACAGCUUGGAGACCUUCCUGGUGACAGCAGCCAGGUCCUUGGAAGGACAAGUGGGCCGUUGCCAUCACCUUGCUUAGAUUCGAGGCAGACAGGACCUGAGCUUCCCCUGGAGGAACAAGAUGCAGAGCAACGUGGUGAUGGGGUUCAUGAGAGCCACUCAGCCCCCAGUCAGGAACUCGGCUCCAGCUUGGCAGAACCCCCAGGCAGAACCAACUCCGGGUCAACCCUGACAUCCAGCGUGGGGCUUGUGCGGAUGAACCUCUACACUCACAGUGUUAAAGGCCUGGUGCUGUCGCUGCUGGCUGAGGAGCCGCUGCUGGGAGACAGUGCAGCCAUCGAGGAGGUGUACCACGGCAGCCUGGCGUCCCUCAAUGGGCUGGAGGUGCACCUGAGCGAGACACUGCCCCGGGACCAGGCAGCCUCCACGGCCAGAACCUACAACUUCACUCACUACGACCGCAUCCAGAAUGUGCUGGCAGUUAACAGUCCUGGGGUGGGUGCUGUUCACAACUUCCAUGCCCUCUUUUGGAAGCCAACCUGCCUCAGGAGGCCACAGCCCAGGACCGCCGCUUCCUCCACGCCGUCAGCCUCAUGCAUUCUGACUUCGCCCGGCUGCCCACACUGUACGAGGUAACCGUCAGCAGAAAAUAAGGCAAGUUACAGGGUCAGAAGGGGAGUGCCUGCUCUGUGUAUAUUUUUCAGUUAAGUCCUUGGAAUGAUUUGGUCAAGUAUGGGUUUUUUUUUUUGUUUUUUUUUUUUGUUUUGUUUUGUUUUUUUGUCUUUUUGCCAUUUCUUGGGCCGCUCCCGCAGCAUAUGGAAGUUCCCAGGCUAGGGGUCUAAUCGGAGCUGAAGCCGCUGGCCUACACCAGGGCCACAGCAACGCUGGAUCCGAGCUACGUCUGCAACCUACACCACAGCUCAUGGCAACACCAGAUCAUUAACCCACUGAGCAAGGGCAGGGAUUGAACCCGCAACCUCAUGGUUCCUAGUCGGAUUCGUUAACCACUGCGCCACGACGGGAACUCCAAGUAUGUUUUUUUAAACCUCACUUUAUAGAGGAGGAAAUUGGAGCACGAAUAGGAUGGAUGACUCGUUCUGCCACAUUCUUAUUUAGUGGCACAGUCAGGAUUUGAACCCAGGUGUCUCACCUCUAAAGCAUGUACCCCCUCCUCAUGCAUUUCCAGUUCCAGGGGGCAGUGUGGUCAAGAGAGAGAGGGGUGUGGGCCCUUGACUCCACUGUCAUGGUGACAAAUUCCUAAUGCCUGUCACCUGCCACACAGGAAUGUGCGCAUUUCUGUUGCCCAGCGCCAUCUGCAGCCAAUAUUUCUGAAUGUCUUUCCAAAAUAAAUGUGUCUCUUCUGGCUUUAAGUCAGAGCUGCCGCCUCAUUAGCAACCUAGAUGUGGUUUGCGUCUAUAGCUUGGGAACUGGUUGUUUUGGGGGCUGGAGGCUAUUUUAUGAGAUGGAAACAAGUUAAAUGUCAGCAUCUGAUCCAUCAACCACCUUGUGGCCCUGUGCUAAGCAAUGGUGAAUGUACAUAUUCCUACUCAUUCAUUCUCAAAACGAUCUCAGUGAGGGAAUUUACUGUUGUCAUGUCCAUUUUAUGGAUGAGAAAGCUGAGACUCAGAAGGGUUGAGUAACUUAGCCAAAGGCUCACAGCCAGGAAGUCAUGGGUGGGUUAGCACCCAGGUGUGUGUGACUACAGAUCCAUGCUCACAGCCAGCAGGCCGCACUAUCCCCUCUCCAUGGCUAUCAUGACUAGUCCAUGACUUGUCCUGUGGGCCUCUGGGGUCUGAGUCCUGCACAGGCAGCACUGGACUGUUGCCUCUUCUUCCUCUAACAGGAAUGCCUCCACAGCUGUGUAUGCCUGCUGCAACCCUGUCCAGGAGACCUAUUUCCAGCAGCUGGCAUCAGCAGCACGGAGCUCUGGCUUCCCAAGCCCACAGGAUGGUGCCUUCAGCCUCCCAGGCAAAGCCAAGCAGAAGCUGCUAAAGCAUGGGGUGAACUUGCUCUGAACCGAGCCCCAAGCAGACGUUCAUUACCCAGCAGAUGACUGUCACAUCACAUCCCAGCAAAGGAAGCUCUGCCUUGUUAAACGAAAAGUCCCUGUAUUUUUUUUUCUUGGAAUAGUCCCUUUUUUAAGGACUGGAACAACAAUGGAGUGUUUGUUACUCCUUCUGCAGAUUGGGGUUGGAGGGGGUAGUUCCUCAGGUCAGCAAGACUGUGAACUGGGUGGGGACAGGCUAGACUGUGCCCCUUGCUUGGAAGUGGGAUGUGCUGCCGGUCCCUCCUGAGUGAGCAUCCCAAACAGGAGUUUCCAAAAGACUUUGGUGCAAAAGCAGAGCUGUGCUUUUCAGUGGUGGCUGCGUGAAAGGGAACAGCAUCCAUUUGUGUGUUUCUGGGCCGGUGUGGCACGUGGAACAUCAGUUCUGUUACAUUACAGCCAGACAUUUUAUGAAAAUACAUGCAGGACAGAGGAUGAAAUCAUUUUCCCAAAUCCGAACCAGAUGAUUACUGGAAAUACCUGAGAUUCCCUUUGAAAACUGUGAUGUUAAUAACUUUGGUCUCUUUUUCUUGAAACAAGUUUCUAAGGGCUAAAAAUAAAAUAGCCAAAAAGCUGAGUUCUGAGUAAAUGGUGACAUCUCUAGUGACAGAGUAAGGGUGAAGAUAUUUCAUAUAUGUAGUGUGUGUGUGUGUGUGUGUGUGUGUGUGUGUGUGUGUGUGUGUGUGUUUUGCAUGGGCACGUUUCUCUUUGCACCGCCUGGCCCAGCCUGGCCAGGUGAGGAAGGGCGCGUGUCAGGUCUGUCUAUGAGGGUGGCAGGCUCUUGCAGGGAGCACCAGCUUCAGUAUGGCUGGACCAGCACACCAGGCCUGUCUCACCCUUCCUCUCACCUCUCUGGGGUCCCUCCUGCCACUGGCUGACCUAAGAGGGUGCACUUCCCAGAUGGAGGAAGUCUAUACCUCACACUUGGAGAAAUAUAUAUUGUCCUACUUCUCUGACAAAUUCUGCAAGGAAAAAUUCCUCAUGAGUCUCAGUGCCAACCUCCCAAGGAGCCUUCCCACUACAGACCUGCACAUAACAGGCUCCCUUGCUGUUGUGGGGGAUUUAUUUUCAAGUAGCCAAACUUUCUUCCUUUGCCACUAAUCCUCCAGAAUUGUGAGACCUCCAAGUCUUGAGUUUGGUAAAGUUCCAACCUGUUGUGUAUUGAAACAGGGACAGAACCUGGAGCCCCUGAGCCCACUUUCCUCUGCCCCCAGUAGCUCAGCUACCUGCCCGAAGGGUCUUCCAGACAAGAUCCGCUUUGCAAGAAACUCUCCUGGCUGCCCCUGGGCCCUUUCCUAGACUCAGGCCAUUUGCAGAUCUUAAUCUUCUCUGUUUUACUUUCAGAAAACUCUCUUCCCACCUUAUUUCCCAGGGCUGCUGUUGAGCCUAAAAUGCAUGCAAUACAAAAUGCUUGUUCCUGAGAAUCAGCACUCAAGGCACCUGGGCCUCCCUCUGAGCUGAGUCUCAACAAUCACAUGCACAGCAGAUGGUGAGACCCAAGUGCCACGGUCAUUUUAAAAUAAAUCCACAAUUUCUUUGCUACAAAUUAGGGACCUAAUUCUCCCCUUGAGUGCAGGCUGUAUUCAGUGAUUCAUUUUUAAUGACUAGAAGGUAGCCAGAAUGACAGUGUGACUUCUGAGAGUAGGUUACAGAACGUCACAGCCGCCAUCUCUCUGGGUUCAUCUAUUUCGGGGAGAAGCCGACAUUCAGGCAGCCCCAUGGAGAGGCCCCCAUGGUGAGGGUCUCCUGCCGACGGUCAUGAGGCUUCUUGGAAGCAGGUCUGCUCACCUUCAGAGGACUGCAGCCCCUGCCGACCUCUGACCCAACCUCAUGAGAAAGAGCCAGAACCACCAAGCCGAGCCACUUCCAAAUUCCGAGCCCUCAGAAAGUAUGGGAGAUGAUAAAUGUAUGUUAUUUUAAGGCACUCCUGGGUGAUUUGUCACAGGGUGAUGGAUAAUGGAUACGCUUGCGAGCCCAUACCUCAUCCACCGGAACAGGUCUUUUACAGCUUUGGUGCAGGUGCCUUCAGCCAAAUGCUAGACAAAGCCUGUCCUGGAUCCCAGCUACUCCUCUCCCUGGUGGAGAUCUGGGCUGCACAGCUAAGGAAGGACCCGUGGGCACCCCCUGGCCUUUCUUCCUACAAGUUCCAGAGUCUGGCCCUUCCUGCGGGAGCCAGCCCCACGCCUGCCCUACCUUCAGGACAGCCUCCCCUGCAUUGGUUUAUUGACACCAGUGUGCCACCAUCACCCAGGACAAUAGUGUCCCACCAGUGAGCAGGGAGCCCGGGAGGAGGGAGAGGAAGGGAGAGGCUCUGUUUUGGGUCAGCCCAGAGGCUGCCACCUGUGAACCUCGAGGAACAAGUUCUCGUGGCGUGAUUAACAGUGGCAAUCAGACUGUUCCCUGGAGGGAUGCUGAGCCUAAUCAAACUGCCUCCUGCUGGAGGGAAGCACCUAGGCUCCUGGCUCUUGUCACCCUGACAGCAUAGCAAGGGGAGACUGCACUCUGGGUGUGGUCACCCACUCUGGGGUCAUCUUUACUCCCAUGGUGGUCCUUUCCAACUUGGCUGAAAUGCUCUUCAAACGCCCCUGGUUACUGCAUCCUCACACCCGUCCUGCAAUAAGCAGGUUCGCCCGCCUCCCACAUGUGUGCAUCCUCAUGCCAGGCCACAGGCCAUCUGUCAUGGGCCCAACGAUGGCCCCCAAAAGCACCAACCAGGUUCUGUGAGCGACACUUCAUGUGAUCAAGGUUUUGCAGGUGUGAUAAAGGAUCCUGAGAGCCAGGUUAUCCAAGUGCCAUCACCGUAUGCUUAUGGGAGAGGCAGAGGAGACUAUUCACAUGCGAGAAGGCCAUGUGAGGCGGCAGCAGAGAGGGAGUGACGCGGCCACAAGUCUAGGAACCCCUGGGCCACACAUGCUGGAAGAAGCAAGGGAUGGAUUCUGCCUAGAGCAUCUGGAGGCAGUGUGACCCUGUCCACCCGUGAUUCAGGUCCAGCAAAACCGAUUCUGGUCCCCAGAGGCAUGAAAGAAUGAGUUCUGCUGUCUUAAGCCACCGACUUCGCAGUAAUUUGUUAGAGCAGCCACGGGAAUGAAUAUGCCCACCCCACAAACUUGAAGGAUCUGUCCUGCCGGUGCCAAGUCCCCUGUCCCUCGACAGUGCAGUGCCCUGGAGCACAGGCAGGGAGUGAGGGCAGCUGGGGUUACACAAGGGCCUUGCGGGCUUGCCGAGGCACCUGGCUAAAGGAAGCUUUUAAACAGGGGGAGUGACUCCAUUGGGUUCAUCACUGGCUCCUGGAUGGGUAAGCAGCAGGGCAGGAGCAGAAACCAUCAGGAGGCUGCAGUUGUCUGGGUGGGAGGGGUUAGUGGCCCAGAGCAGGGAGGCAACAAGGCAACAAGAUGAUGGAGAGAAUCAGGCACAUUUGAGGAAUACUUGGGAGACGGGAGGAGCCUGCACUUGGGGUGGGUCGAGGGACAUGCCUGCUUCAUGACGGGCACUUGUCCUCAGGUGGCGAGAUGGGGGGAGAUUCCUACUCUGAAGGAGCCCGAGGAGUGAGCAGACAACCAACGGCUCUCAAACCUCCAGCAACAUCAAAGUCUGCCACCCCCACCCCCCGCAAGCCUGGCCCACCCCUUCCCUAUGGGCUUGUCCUGGGGAAAGAGCGGCAGGAGGGGAGGUCAGGGGGUAAGACACACACUAGCACAGGAAAAAACACCCUGGAUCUUUUCUCAACAUGUUCACUGAAUUUGGGAAGCUUAAGGUGAAGAUUCUCAGGGCCUCAAGGCUAAAAAAGGACACUUUCUCUCUGUUUAUUUUAAAAGUCUGAACCUGAAGCCAGCUGUAUUUCUCUGGAGAACAAAACCCAGAGUGGCUUUUGAAUGCAGUCAAGAGCCAAGAAGAGGCCAUUUCACGAUGGCCCGAGUGUGCUCAGGUCCCAGCUGAGUGGCGGGUCCCAGCUGAGUGGCAGCCCUUCUCUGCCCUGCCUCCCCCGCUCAGUGGGGCUGAGCGCUCCCAGGAAGUGGAUGGGGCGGGGAGGACGAGCCGAGCCAUCUCCCGUCUCCAUCUCCCAUGGGCUGGUGAAGAGGCAUGGGGUGUGUUCUUACUCUCCAAACAGCCCCCGCUGGUUCCUGUGGCAGCAGGAGCACACGGCUUUGGCAUCAAGAGACCUGGGUUCAAACCCCAGCUCUAAUAAGACUUAGUGUUGUGGAAAUGGGGCCAAGUUAAUGUACUUCUCUGAACCUGAACCCGCAGUGGUGAAAGUGUGAGUCCUGACCACUAGACCACCAGAGAACAGCCCUCAGUGUCUUUAAAACAGAGGGGAAAGGCAAGGUAUGUGAAAGUGUGCAUGCUGUGGACCCAGAGAAAGUGGGGUUUGGUGUGUGUGUCCUGAGAAGGCAAAUGGCCUUUCCGUGGAGAGAGACUUGAAUGCAUGACCAGAGUUCAAAAGCCUGGGGAUGCUGAGCUGCGAGCUGGGACACCUGGCUUCUAUUUCCGGCUUGUCCUCCAGCCAGCACAACGACCUUGAUCAUGUCCACUGCCCUCUGAGCUCUGAGUCUAGGUUUUCUCCUGUUAAGCGUGCAUAAUUCUCCCUGCCCCCACCCCAUGAGGCCACAAAUAUUAUAACAAUUUAUGCGAACAAUCUCCCAGAGGGCGCAGUGCUCUCUGCACUUGAGGGGGAAACACACACACCUUGAAUCUGGGUGGCUAAUGUGGCAGAAGUGGGAAAUAUGGGGAAGGGUAGGUAAUCCAAAGUUAGGACCAACGUGUGUGCCUGGGAAGGAGGCGGAAAGUCAGUCAAUCUGUGUGUGUUGCCUCCUGCCGCCUAAUGCUACAAUCUGUUUGAGUAUUUUCCCUGCCAUCUGUCAGCAGCUCUAAAAUACAUGGCCUUAUUCUGUCCUGUUCCCCGUGUCUACAUCUGGUUAGCAAGAUUCAGCUGGGGACGUACAUGUCAUGGGGAGGCUGCUGGCAGCAGGGCACCAUGGUCCUUGAAAACAGCAUUUUGUACUUAGCCUUCUUUUCUCAUAUUUACACAUCUAAAACCUGUAAGGGGCACUUCCCACCCAAACACAACCUGACGUAACACCAUCUUAUUCAAACUUAAGCCUAUAACAGGAGGCAUUAGGCCCUUUUAUAGAUGAAGCUCAUGGAGUGGAUUUGGACAUUGGGUAGCAAUGAAGAGAAACCACAACUCAAACCUGAGUUCAAAGGGAGUUUAUUGGCUCAUGUAACGCAAAAGUCCAGAGGUAGGGCUGGUUCCAGGCAAAGCUAUAUUCAGGAUUCAGAUGAUCUCCACAGGAUAAGACAAGUUUCACUCUCAAGCUUUCUUUACACUGGAUCCCCAACCUCCAUCCUAUGAAAAGUAGCCUCUUUUUGUCAACAGUCCCAGAAAAGAACUUGCCCAACUCUGACCCAACCUCUGAGUACUCAGGAGUUUGGAAGGCUCUGAUUGGUCAGGCGUGGGUCAUAUGCCCAGCCCUGACCCCAACCCCUGAGUACCCAGGAAUCUGGAAGGCUCUGAUUGGUCAGGUGUGGGUCAUGUGCCCAGCCUGGCAGCUGGAGUUGGGUCAGGUCCUGGAAGAAUCCAAGGACUGAAAGUGGGAAUGUUAUGAUCUUGGAGGAGGCUCAUCAAAGUACAGGUGGAAGAGAGUUAAAAGCACAGACAACGGUUAGGUGCCUGCCCACUGUUACACAGGGACCCAGCCUCUAACCUCCAGCUGGCUGGUUUCAAAGGCCUGCCCACUGUUACGCAGGGGCACAGUCCAGCCUCUAAGCUCCAGCUGGUUGGUUUCAAAGGCUUUACCACUCUUGCAACUCAGGGCCAGCUACACCCCCAGCCCCAGCUACACAUUAUAGAGUCAGGCCAGGAAACAAGGUGAAACAAAUACCAAGACCUGGGCAAAGAAAUGAGAUGCCUUGGGAUCAUGGGUAUCAGCAUUUCUCAGAAGCUCCCCAGGUGAUUGCAAGUGUGCAGCCAAAGUCUAGAACCAGGAGGUGCGGGCUGCCCUUCCCCUCCCCCACCACAUGCUACAGGGUACUAGACGCUACAAGUAUGGCCACUGUCACUAAAGGAGGGCUCAGAAUCCAGACAAGUUAGCUGACUUUGGGGGAUGAUGAGCAGGUGCCUGGGAGACCUGGGAUGUGAAACUGAGUAACAGUCUGGCCUUGUAGCUGAGGCAGGCUGUUUGUGGGGGGAAGGCAGGGCUUCCCAUUUGCAGCUGGGAGGGCAUGCCGGCUCCCGUCUCUCACCCUGGGCGUCCUCAGCUACAACUUGGAAAUUACUUUAGCAGUUACCUAGCUGGCAAUGCACACUUCAGGAGAGUGAGAACUAUCACGGCCCUGCGUGCCUGGUGUUCCUCCCUCCUGCUUGCUGUGGCGGCCCUCCUGCUUGCUACAAAAACACCCAACAGCCAGGCAGCCCCUGGGGCUCCAGGCCACAAGAGUCCCCAUCCCCCUUCUAAGAUAAGGGGAAAAUUCCAAAUGCAGCUGUUGAGGGCCCUGCUCCCCCCCACCCCCCGAGGUUAGAUACAGACAAAGGAAAGAAGCCGUGGCUACCUGGCCACGCCUAUGACUGCUCCAGUGUGUCCAUCCCUUUCUUUCUCACUGGACCAUCCUCCUCACCUGUUUCUCUACAACUGCUUAGAACCACUGCUAUAUGGGGAAGGGAACCAACAUCGCUGCUUUGCAUGCCAGGCGCUGUCUCCACCGUAAAGGAGACUGAGGCUGCCAGAGGCUCCACGACUUGCCCAAGGUCACAUCAGAGUGAGUGACCACAUUCCUGGCCCUGAGUCUGAAUCCUCGGCUUUUCCGAAGCACAGUCCUUGUUCUGUGCCCAGAGUGACAUCUGUAGUUCCUGCACAUUCCAUGGAUCUGCUCCCUCCCCCCGCCGACAUGCGCAUUACUUAGAACCACGUUUUGAUUCAUUCACAGACAAGAUGACAUUUCAGGGCCCCCCUGUCUCUGUGACAUGAUCCGGAAACCAAGAGCCUCACACGCAGCCCCUCUCGGAGCUUCUGCCCCAGUCAAGUCUCCUCUCCACCAGACCACGGGAGCACUUCACUCUGGGUUUCAGUGAGAUUUUUUAUUUACCUCCUGGUCCCCAACCACAUCACAUGAGCACAGGCAGCCAGGUAACUGGGUGGGCUGUUGGCUACGUAAACGUAGAGCAGUCAGGAUGUAUAGAAAUCAUGCACCUCAGUGAUUCUUUAACAAGAAACGCAAUGAGUAAAAAGACUUCAGGUGUGUUUGAAAUUUCUGCCCUUUCCUGCAUUCUAAUCCCUGAAAAAUAUGUGUAGAAAUUUUACUCAAAUGUAGACACGCUUUCUUUGCACACUCGCUAGUAACUACCUAGUACGUUUCAGAUCAUGUUUACUUCUGAUGGUUGUUCCUCCCAGAAGCUGCUGGUUUCUGUUCGGAAACAUUGGACCUGGACACGUGACAAGCGGUAUGUUCCGUACCGCUCCAUGGCUUUAUGAACCUGACUCUGCCAUAAUUCAUUAUUCAAAAAAGGCAUCUCUAGUAUGGCCGGAGGCGACUCCUUCACACACUGGCUACAUGGGGCCUUGUCCUUCACAGAAGACCACAGAGCCAGCGCUGAGACCAUGCUGGGUCUACAGGUUCCCCCAGCAUCCUCACGCGCACACACUGGCUUAGGUGGCCCUCACCCGGCACACACCCUUGUGCAGUGACAGAGACCCAGGACUGACUCUGCCAUGCUCUCCAAGCCCAGCGUUGAACACAUAUGUACAGACAAAUAAACCAAAAAUCAUAGGCAACAGAACUUCAAAGCAAAACAGACACUUUGGUUGGAUCUACGACUCCAGUUUUGCCAGAGAAAAGGCUUUCCCAGAACGUCACUGGCCGACUGAGGGCUUAUCCCACCUCAGCGCCCAUCAGCCAGCCUGGUGGUCUGAACACUCAUCGCCGUGGACUCCAAACAGCUCAAACAGGGAAUUCUCCAGGCCCGGUUUGGCAGUAGGGCUUCUGUAGGCAGUGAGGUAAGCGUAUCGCACAUUCUGCGGCUGAUCCAUGGGAGCCCCAGCCUCAGCUUUGUGGGAAAGCAACAUUCACAGGAAAGCUUCCAGUCCCACCAGCCUGAUGCGCUUCGUCAUCAGGGACCUGAUGGGGCCUGGGGUGAGGUGAGCGACAGUGGGUCUGGCCCACCCCGACGGGCGCCCUGCCGAGGAACCUGGCAGGGACGGUGACCGCAGACGCCUCCCUGAAGGGGCCCCCAAAUGACAGUGACGUCAGCAGAGGCCAAGUUCUCCAGCUCUCUGGUUUGCAGUUUUUUGUUGUUUUGUUUUUUGUUUCUUUUAAGACGGCCACAAGAAAUUUACGCUAUUACAUUCAGACAAAUAACCAUUUGGCGACUCUAUUUCAGAGCACUGACAAAACCAGGUAGCAGCGUGACACAGACAACAGGGACACCGAGCCUCUGGUCACAGAGCAAAGUAAUGCACUACUAGGCAGAAAGGAAUUGCAGAAGCAAAUGACUGGAAGGGAAAAAAAAAAUCCAAGGAAAAACAAGCUGAAAUUUUCCCAUUUUCAAGAACCAAAGGAAAGAGGGAUCCAACGAGAGCUUAAAAAAAAAAAAAAAAAAAAAAAAAAA